UUGUACACCCCAAACCCGAUCAAUAUUACCAUAUACUCCUUUGAUGAUUCUAUCUUUGAAGCUUCAUGCUCCUGUAAAACCUGCGUCAUGGGCUUUAUGGAUGAUGACUGGUUCGUUUAUCGAUACGAUCCCACCAUUCCAGCUCUGCUCAACAGAAAAAACAGUGCGUUACGUCGAGACACCCACAAAUGGUGGAGGGGUUUACAAUCAUCAACACCCAGAGUUAACUACACAGAGGUGGUGGAUCAGCUGUUUUCUCUCUUCCCCGAUAAAGAGCACUACUCAGACGCCAGUCCAGAUCGCUGCAGAACCUGUGCUGUGGUGGGAAACUCUGCAAACCUUGUGGGAUCCCAUUAUGGGUCUCUCAUAGAUUUGCAUGAUGUUGUCUUUAGGUUAAAUAAAGGCCCGACAAAAGGUUAUGAGAAGGAUGUGGGGUCUAAGACGACUCACCGGAUUCUAUAUCCUGAGAGCGCUGUGGACUUGGACAACUCCACCCAUCUUGUCCUUUUUCCCUUUAAGAUUCGUGACAUGCAGUGGCUCAUAAGUACUUUCACCACUAGACACAUUACACACACCUACACACGAGUCAAGUCUUCAGUCAAUGCAGACGAGAACAAGGUGAUGAUCCUCCACCCUGCUUUCAUAAAAUACGUCUAUGAGAAAUGGCUCCUGAAACAUGGCAGAUAUCCAUCUACUGGCUUCAUUACAAUAUUAUUUGCCCUGCAUAUAUGUGAUCAGGUAAAACU